AAAAGUCCUGCCACCUGCGUAAAAGCUCUCCCUCAGCCACUUCCUUCCAACGACCAACGGUAUUCGACCAGAGAUAGAUUUCUGUUAGUUUUUCCCUGCUGUUUCUAGGGAUUCGACCAGAGGGACAAAAGCUCCAUCCGCCACUCGUUUCCCUGUCUUUCGCUUACUCAAAUCCAGGUAAUUUUCUUCCCAAAUCAGGUUAUAAUGUUUAAUGUUUUCCCCAGAUGAUCUUGGUUAAUUUUAUAUGAGGGUUUGAGCAUCUUAUCGCCUUUCUUAUUCAAUGAUCCAUAAUAUUUGUCUUUGCUUUGGUUUGAAUCCAUUCUGUUUAUAAACUUUGGUGCAAUUUGUUCAUCAAUUGGGUUAUGAAGUUUGAUUCUAUGGCAGCAUUUGUGGCCAUUCCUGAAUGUUUUUCUUGUAUUUGCUUGAGCAACCUGAAUACUUUGUAUUUAUGAAAUUACUAGCUUCUGUACUGGCUUAAUUCUGGUUUUAAGGUGGCUUAAUACUGGCCAAGUACUUCGUGUUUGGUUUUCAACAUCUGGUUUUAAGGUGGAUGGUUUUUGUAUUGGUUUUGGCUGCUAGGUUUUAGAGGGGACUGCUUAUUUUGGUAGCUAGAAAAUCAUUGUUUUGACAGAAAAUCACUUUGUAGUAAUGCAACACACUUUGUGGGCAGAAAAUCACUGUUUUGACAAACUGGAUUACUAAGAAAAACAAGCCAGUAAUUAGAAAUGGUUUACAUACACACCUUGAGAGCUUCUCAGAGCACUGUGUCAAAAAAAUUCUUCAAUGUUUUCUACUUCUCUGGUUCUCCCAAUGAAAACAACCAUGUGCUUCACUUCACAUUUGGAGAAUAAGGUAUAGAAUUUUGGGCUGUUUUUGAUCAAAUUAUAUAAAUCCCAAUUCAACUAAAACCCCAGAACCAUCUCUUAUUCUUCAUCGACUGUAAAAAUGAGACUAUGAAAGAAAGCAGAAGCGACUGAAGUUUUUGACACAACCAGUUUUUUUUCUUUAAGCAAAGGCAUUGUUUUUCUUUAAUAAUAUUUUCAGAAAUUAUUUGGCAUAAGCUAGCAUAAAAGACAAAUUGUUCCAGCCAUUUUAUAUAGUUCUAGUAUUAAGAACAACGUGUUCCUAUACUACAUGUUGGACUCUCUUUUUUACCCUCUUUUUUUAACUUAUUGACCAAAUUCUUUAAAUAGAUUACACCCACAUACAAAAAUUUUUGUACAGUAAUUCAGUAAAAUUAGAAAUAAAAUUUUUAUAUUUAAAAUACAUUAUAAAAAGAGAGUCAAGGAAUCGAACCAAAGUCAACAGAAGCCGGUAGGGGGAGGGGCGGAGGCAUAUUUUGUUUAUUAAUUACUAAUGAAUAUAUUUAACCUAUUGAGGUGGUCCUAAUCGACCUUUUUAUACUCAGUCAAAAUUCCUCUUUCAGUGAUAGCAUACACGGACUGGUAAUUGAACUCUCAUAUUCUCUGUUAUUACUUAAUUGAAUACUAUGUAGAUGAAAUACUUUUUAUGCAGAUGCUUCACAUUGUCCCAUAGUACAAAGAGCGUGCCCUUCAUCAAACGUCUUUUGUUUCUAUAAUGCUUAUAAAUCUCACAAGAAUUAUCAACUAUAACAUGCCUAAACUUCAGGUAUGAUAUAAAGAAGUCAUUUUAUUAUUUCAUUGGUACUGUUUCUGCAAAAAGGGGUCUUAUAUCAUGGUAACUGAUACAUACAGUUUACAUACUAAAUUUUUGUUAUACGUAUUGUAUGUAUGACUAGUCUGGCCUUCUACUGAUAUAGAUUAUUUCCACUAUUGCAGGGUAGAGGUAGAAUUAUUACAGAAUUUAUUAGCCAAGUAUUGGCCCCUUCUGCCUCCCCCUUGAUCUACCAUUGCAGCAGCAUUUAGUCUAGACGGGAAAACCCUUGCAUCAACUCAUUAUGGGUUCUUGUUUCUCAUGGCCUCCUUCAAAACCUUUUUUGACUCACUACCAUAAACAUUAGGGCAGUUUUAUCAAAGUGAUGUAUAUUGGUGAUCAUAUUGUGAAGAUAAUAGAAUCCGAAGCUGGGAAAUGCUUAAAGUUGUUGAGUGGCCAUCGCAGGACACCUUGGGUGGUGGUUACUUUGUUGGCUCAUGCACACAACAUCUUGUAGAUCUUUUUUAAAUCAGGUGGUUAUUUUGUUGAGAAUGCUUUCUAAUGCUCUAGAAAGGUACGCGGUGCCCAUCAGUUGGCAUUUCAGCUGGUGAUGAGGUGUGUGUAGCUAGGUAUAUUCUUGAGGAAAAUAGUUACAUCUUUUUUCACUUUUUUAACUUGUGGCAUCCAUGGUGUGACUGCAACAUUAACUCUUACUCUGAGGAUUGCAUCCUUUGAUUAUUCUUGUUUGUUUUUUUCACCUUCGUGGCCAGGGCGAUUGGAAUGGUUCCGAUGCUCGCUCAUACAAACUACAGGUAAAGAAUGCUUAGGUUAUGAUGGUUUUUUGUGUGCACGAACGUGCAUUUGCUCUGAUAUGUCCGGCAAACCAAACAGCAGCCAGUUUCAGGCCAAACUGGCUGAAGGAAAAAGCCAGCAGAUUAUGUCAUUAUGAUAAAAGUGGCAGUUUUGGCUCAAUGAAUGGAAUGGAGGUCAGGUUUGGAGUUGGCCAGAGAUGGGUGGUUCGUGAUCAGAGCUAGCCUCAAAAUGGACACAGAAGCUAAGGAUGCUUGGCCUCCAUGGUAAGAGAAAACUUUGCAUUGAAGUUUUGCAAUGAAGUGUGCUAUUCCUUUAUGUCUUGCAAUGAAAUCUGCAAAAGAAUCAUAUGACAUGGAGAUCAGCAACAGCAACCCCUUCUGUUCUCUCCCACCAUAGAAUGUUGCUCUCCCACCACAGCAUGCCCUGGAACUUAGCAUUUGGAGUGUAAUUUUUAAUUUCAUAUAUGCUGUUGGACUAGGUUGUGAUCCUGAGCUUAUAUAGCUGUCAGUAGAGUUGAGAUUUUUUAGUCUUUUUGUACCAACAUAUUUGGAGUAUAUAUAUAUUAAGGCAUAAUUCUUUUUUGGAUUUUGCUUUGGGCAUUACUCAGCAUGCUCUUGUACAUCUUUGAGUGUAAAUGCGUCUUCAACUUUUGCUAACCAUUUCAAGAACAUCUCCAGUUUCUCUUGGGCAGCAUCUAAUUCACCUUGAGACAUGUUUUGAGAAGAGCUUGGCAUGGUUGAUACGUUUGGGAGAUGCAUAUAUGGCUUGAAGAGUGUUUGGCUGAAAUGAACAGUAACAAAAGAGAUGAGGGAGGCGUGUAAAGAUGACCCCUCAAGGAUGUUCAACGCAAAGCUUUGAUACGAAAUGUUAUAUCCAAGACCGAGGGUAUAAACAAGUUAUUCUUUGAGGCGGAACAAAGGGAUGACGUUAUG